UGUCUCCCUGGCUGUUGCUGCCUGCCCCCUUUUUGUGUGACUGGGAGGGAGCCCCCUGACCUUGGCACCACUGGGCAGCCUUGCAGGAUGGCGGUGAUGCUGCGGUGUCAGGCCUGGGGCAAAACCGCCAGGAGAGGGCCCAGCAUGGUGGGCAGGAAGGCCCCCACCUCCCAGUGCCUCCAUGGAGGUCAGCAUGGGGACCCGCACUGGGCAGAGUACAGGUUCCAGGAGGGCUGGCCAGGUGUGCUAGGCCUCCAGCUCAGGUGUGACUUGACCCUUUACCCAUAUCCUGACCUUUGCCACAGCUCCAUAAAACAGCCUGCCAGACCCAGGGCUGUUCCAGUGGCUUCAGAAGUGGGGGUGUAAGGGUGUAGCUUCAGGCCACACUCUGCUGCCUCCCACUUAGUCGUUUUUCUCUACAGCCUGUUGUUUGUCCAGUUUGGGAUCCCUGACCUGAGCAGGCAGGCCUAGUGGGCUGGUUGGGAGCUGGUUUUUCUGGAAACUCCAUGUGGCGCUGGUCAGCUCUUGGCCAGUAAGGGGAAGCCGGGCUGGGCUCUGGGAGGCGUUUCUGGCUUCUUGAUUUUUAGAGGUAGAUGGGAGGGAACGACUGAGUGUGAUCAUGACAGAAUACCACCGAUGGGGCUAAAUCAACAGUUUCCUCACAGUUGUGGGGAUAGAAAAUUCAAGACCAAGGUUCCUGCUGCCUUGGUUGCUGAGAGGAGCUCUUCCUGGCCCCAGACAGCUGCCUUCUCACCAUGCACUCCCAGACCAGCCCUCCCGGGGCUCUUCCCAGGAAGGCUCUCAUCCUAUCCUGGGGCCCAGCCUCGUGACCUUCUCAUCUGAGUCAUCUCCCGGAGCCCCUGCCUCCUAAUUUCAUCCCAUUGGGCUCAGGGCUUCAAAAUAUGAAUUAGAGGGGACACAGCCCAGUCCAUAGCAGUGGGACCCUGAAAGGAGAUGGCAGCCCAUGGUCUGGCUCCCAGCCGGCUGCCUGCUGUCCUGGGUCUGUGCUACACGGGGCACUCAGCAGGCUGUUUGCUGCGCUAACACCUCGUCCAGCAAGAGCGCAUGACACGUUCCCUGGGGGUCCCCAACGCAGGCGGGGCUCUCCCUGCCUGUGAGCCGGUGCGUUCUCUGGUGAACCCGGCAAGAUGGGUCCUCUUGGGGGUCAGGGGCUCCCUGGCAUUUGGAGUCUGUUUCCCCGGAAGUGUGUGGGUGGAGCCAGAUCACGGUUACGCCCCUUCUGCGGAGGCGCCUCCUGGUCCCCCUGCCCCAGGGACGGACGCCGAUGUGCCGUCUGAGCACGGCACACCCUGUGCCCAUCAUGGGACGGCUGGGUGGCUGCUCGAACCACCCCGGCCCUGGAGGCCAGAGAGGCCCCCGGCUCUGCCUGCCACUCCUUGGACGGGGCCUCACCCGGGGCCUGUUGGUCCCUCUCGGGACCCUUCCCUCGACUUCAUUGCCGGGAGCCCCAGACCAGGACGACGGUGCUCCGAGAGGGGCUGGGAACGGAGCCCGGGUGAGAGUUGGGCCCAGGGUCACAGGGUACAGGGGAGCGGAACUUGACCUGGUGUCGUGUUUAUUUUAUGGUCUGUAUUUCCUCUUUGUUGUGAAACUGGAGCUGACGGGGCCUUGGGCACGUCCUGCUGCCUGCGUGGACCUCCCGGGCGCCCCCCGCGGUUCACGUGUGACCACGUGGACGUGAGAGCUCACCACUGGGCUGAGCCAAAAUCAGAUCAGAAUCGCUGCUCACGUGACGGUCCCGUCACCUGUCAGAUCCUCCAGUGGGCUCAGCCCGUGGGUGCCCCGCAGGACCCCAGCUCCAAGCUCAGCUGGAACUGAGGCUCUUUCAGUUUCUGGCUUCACGCAUUGCUGCCAGAGCUGCUGCCAGCCAUGGAGGAGCCGGAGGAGCAGCCGCCCCGCGAGGCCGACACAGAGCCCGUCGUGACUUCAGGGGCCUCAGAGGCGGUGCCCAGGGUGCUCCCCGAAGACCCCCAGAACCUGUCCGACGUGGAUGCGUUCAACCUGCUGCUGGAGAUGAAGCUGAAGAGGCGGCGAGAGCGGCCCGACCUGCCGCGCACUGUGACUGAGCUGGUGGCCGAGGACGGCAGCCGCGUGUACGUGGUGGGCACGGCCCACUUCAGCGACGACAGCAAGCGGGACGUGGUGAAGACCAUCCGAGAGGUGCAGCCCGACGUCGUGGUGGUGGAGCUCUGCCAGUACCGUGUGUCCAUGCUGAAGAUGGACGAGCGCACGCUGCUGCGCGAGGCCAAGGAGAUCAGCCUGGAGAAGCUGCAGCAGGCCGUCAGGCAGAACGGCGUGGCGUCCGGGCUGAUGCAGAUGCUCCUGCUGAAGGUGUCCGCCCACAUCACCGAGCAGCUGGGCGUGGCCCCCGGCGGCGAGUUCAGGGAGGCCUUCAAGGAGGCCAGCAGGGUGCCGUUCUGCAAGUUCCACCUGGGCGACCGCCCCAUCCCUGUUACCUUCAAGCGGGCCAUCGCCGCCCUCUCCUUCUGGCAGAAGGUCAAGCUGGCCUGGGGCCUGUGCUUCCUGUCGGACCCCAUCAGCAAGGACGACGUGGAGCGCUGCAAGCAGAAGGACCUGCUGGAGCAGAUGAUGGCGGAAAUGGUGGGUGAGUUCCCCGACCUGCACCGCACCAUCGUGUCCGAGCGCGACGUUUACCUGACCUACAUGCUGCGCCAGGCUGCGCGCCGCCUGGAGCUGCCUCGCGCCUCCGACGCCGAGCCCAGGAAGUGCGUUCCCUCCGUGGUGGUGGGCGUCGUGGGCAUGGGCCACGUACCCGGCAUUGAGAAGAACUGGACCACCGACCUCAACAUCCAGGAGAUCAUGACCGUGCCCCCGCCGUCCGCCUCUGGCAGAGUGUCCCGCCUGGCCGUGAAGGCCGCCGCCCUGGGCCUCCUUGGCUACGGCGUCUACUGGACGGGGCGCCGUGCCGCCAGCCUGCUCCUGGCCCUGCCCGCCGCCCGGCACUGCCUGCAGAGGCUCUCCCACGCCUGGCCGCACAAGUAGCAGGACGGACGGAGCCAGCGCACCCGGGCAGGGGUCGCCCUGCCCGCCCCCAGCCCGCCCAAAUAAAAGAGUUGUUCACUGU